CGGCGGCGCUGCGGACGGGGCAACACAGAGAGAGUCGCGGAGCACGAUGCGCCCUUGACGCAGCUUACACGAGUCUAUCUGACGUGCAAGUACCGGGAAAUCAGCCGCGUUAACUCGCGGCAACGCGCGGGGUCGGUGCGACCGUCGUCGUUGUCGUCGUCGUCGUCGUCGUCGUCGUUAUCAUCACCGUCGCCGUCGUGGUGGUAGUCGUCGUCGCCGUGGUUGCGCGUCGUCGCGCGCGCCGCCGGACUGCCGCCGCCGAGCCGUCGCUCGGGCCCGCAGUCGGUGCUCCGCUCGGACAGCUUGCCGCUAAAUACGUUCGCAACGCCAUUUUGUGGUCGCGCAUAAACAUCGAACGGCUUGCAGUCGCGGCCGUCGCUACGCGAACGCCCGUCGCGGACGCGCCGCAGCGACCUUAGCGCGCAUCGCCGCCACCAUCGCCGCGUACCUCGCGCUCACCGUGGCGCGCCACUGGCUCGUGUCGAGCCGUCGCGGCGACAUUUCGCGCCAAAUCCCGUCGACGCACCUGGCGCUGACGAGCGGAGCGCGAGAACAAACAGCUGUCGUCGCGUCGCCGAUCGCCAGGCGAUAUCGCCGCCCCCGACGCCGCGGCCGCUGGCCAGGUAACGCUUCCCCGCGGCCCUCGAGAGAGGCCCGCCGAGAGAUCGCCGAACUGCUCUCGGACGAUGGUCCGAUUUCACGCGUUUACAGUAUUUUGUGAGGCUCGAGCGAACUUGUGCAUGGUUCCAAAAGUGACACUAGUGACGAUUGUUAGAUAAACACGUACACAUAGGUUAAAGCUGGAAGAUAUGCUUUUUGUUAUUGUCAAGAGAGCUUGAUGAGUGAUCAAAGGAAUAAGGAAUGCUAUUCUAUUCCAUUCCGCUGGAUGUCAGAUAAGCUGAAAAAUGUCUGGUGAUUCAGGAUGGAGCGUUGUUAUUCACCAUCCCUCAGAGAUAGGAUUGCAGACUUGGAAUUGGGGAGAAAACGAUGGGGAGCAAGAGAGAGAGCUCCCUUCUACCGUUGACAUGGAUGCUAUAAAAGGCGGCGGUAGCUGGGAUCCUGCUACUGAACCUAAUGGAACAGAUUCGGCUGACUCCGAAGAAGAUUCCGAUUCUGACGACGAAAGCUCUGGUGGAAGUGAAGGCAGUUGCUCUUAUUCAGAUUCUAACUCAGAGUCCGACGACGAGAGUAGCGGCGACGAGGAGGAGGGGGACGACAGUGGAUCCAAUUCGGACUGCUCCUCCGAGCGCAGCGAGCAGACAUUCUCCAUUCAAGAAACCAACUUUGAACAGGGAGCAUUGAAAUUAAAAAUCACCAUGAAAGGCCCGAAGAAGGAGGAACCUGAGAAGGUCAAGUGCGAAAAGGGCAGGAGGAAUGUGCCGAAGAGACUUAAAACCAAUCACGGAAAUAAGUCCUCAGAAUGCAGCAGCGAGGACUCGGAUUCGUCCGCAGGCCACGCGGCGUCGCAGCACGUGCAGCAGCAGACACAGUCGCAGCAGCACCAGCAUCACGUGCUGCAGGAGAUCAACCAGGAGGACCUGGCGGCGAUCCUGCCGCCGCAGGAGCAAGAGGACGCGCCGUUCGACGGCUUCGAGGACUCCGAGAGCGGCCGGCUGGUGUCGAAGGCGAUCGAGCGCAUGUCGCUCGGCGCGGACUCGGACACGAGCGAGAACGGUGAUCAGAACCCGGUGCCGGUGUACAGCUCGACGCUGCUGCAGCAGUUCGUGGAAAAGACCGCGCUGCUGUCGGAGCCGCGCAAGAGGCGCAGCAAGCUGAGUAAAAAGCUCAACGACACGGAGUACCCCUGCGUGUCGAACGUGUCGCCCGAUUCCGGCAUUCAAUCGGUGGAUAACAGUCCUCUGCAUCUGACGAUCAGUCCUGUGAGCCCGCUGGCGCAGACCCAGUCCCCGAUUCAGCCGCCGGUCGUGACGAAGCCGGCGGUGAAUGUCGAUCGCGUUCUCUAUCCCCCUAAACGGAAACCGGGCAGGCCGGCGAAGACGGUGCCGGCCAUGCAGCCGCGUGGGCCCGGCAGGCCGCGCCUGAAGCCGGAGGUCGCCGUCGAAAAGGCCGAGAAGGCGGAGAAGAAGGAGGCGACCGCGACGGCGAAGAGCGCGAAAGACGAAGCGGUGUCCGCGGCGAGGAAACGCGGCAAGGCCAAGUCGCUGCCGUACAAGCCCGCGCAGGCGUCGAGGGAGCAGAAGGAGGAGAACGCGCCCGCCGCGAGCAAGCGGACGAUAAAGGGCAAGCCGACGUACCAGAAGAAGCGCUACGGCCCGUCCGCGAAGCUGCCGCAGGAGAAGGCCGCGAUGGUGAAGAAGGCGGGGACCAGCACGAGUGUCCCGAUGCGAGUAAAGUGCCUAAGCAGGUCCGCCGCGAGCAAGCUGAUGCCGCAGUGCGACGGUAGGACCUGCAGGAAAGUCAGACAGGACAGGACGGGCGCGCCCGCCAGCAACAAGACCACGACCCCGUUGACGCGGCAGAAACAGUCGUCCACCUGCGAGCAGGUUGCCAACGAGCAGAAGGCGCCGGUGAGCGGCGCUGGCAAGAGGAGCUCCAAGGAGAAUCGCAACAACGCGGCGACCAUCUUGCCGAAGAAGCAGGGUCUGGGAGGAGCGAAGAAGAUAACGACGUCGGUCAACACGCCGUCGGUCAACACGAGGCGCGUCCUGAAGGAGAACAAGUGCAACAAGAAGACCACCGGCGCUGCCAGCUUCGAGACGAACGGCGUGGGCGUGCAGACGCUCAUCUCCUUGCCGGUCGGGGACGUACUGAAGGCGGAGAACGCGGAGCGCGCGGCCAGCAAGUGCGACAAGGCGACGCAGCCGACGCACAACAACCAUUGCCACAAGCACCACCACCACAAGCACCGACGGAGACUGCUGGCACCGCCGAAGAACCCGAUCUGCAUCAAUCCGUGCAUCAUCCAGGAGAUGGAGAAGCUGAUCGAGGAGUUCGCGAGGUCGUGCAGCCUCGGCAGGAACAACGCUGGCGCGAACCACUCGGAACUGCCGCAGAUCUUCCGCGUGAAGAAGCUCACGAAGAAGAGGAAGGGCGACGUGAAUGCGGGUGACGACCAGAAGCUGAAGCGCCGGCUGAAGAAGGAGAAGGUGCUCGCCGGCGCGGACUCCAAGAGCAGCGCGAACACCAGCACCAGCUCAAACUCGAACGAGCAGAGGCUGCCGCUGAAGAAGCGCCACUACCACGUGUCGAGCCCGCAUAGCUCCCAGAGCUCGAACGCCAGCUGCGCGGACGCGAGCGCGAACGAGCCCAACUCGACGGAGAGCCACAUCGAGGAGGCGAUCGAAGCGACCAUCACCAGAUACGGCGGUAGCUCGGCGUCCUCUGUCCACGAAGAGGCGCUGACCCCGGUGACGCCGAAGAAGAGGCUCCGGGACGCGGACGGCGCGGCGGCCGACAAGCAGCAGGCCGGCGACCUCGCCGAGGACAAAUCCGCGGCGCAGUCGGAGGCACAGCCGCGUCGCAAAAAGAAGAUUGUCAAGGACCUCCGCGUGACUGUGACGAAGCUGGCCGUGUCUGAGAGUCACGCUGGUAUCCUCGAUAAGUCCGGCGAGAAAGGCUCGAAGGCCGCCACGGAGAAGUCCGCCAAGUCCGAGAAAACUGCGGCCUCCGCGGAGCGCUCGGCGAAGGCCGAGAAGGCGCAGUCGGACGACAAGCUCGACGUGGAGCACGUCCGCGCGGAGAAGAGCAUCAAGGUCGACUUGGAGCUGAACGCCAACUCCGAGGUUGCCGACGACGCUGACACCGUCAGCGAGAGCAAGGUGACCCGCGCCGGUAACACGAGCGUGCCGAACCCGCUGAACAGCACUGCGGCGAUGAUGCUGACGAAGAAGAAGAUGAAGCGACGGAAGGCACGGGUCAAUCGCACGGGUUUCCCCACUCUGAAGAAGAAGAAGAAAAAGAAGAAGGAGGAGGAAGAGACGGUCGGCGUCACCCCGGCGGUCAGCGGCUCGUUGAUAAACGUAGUCAAGGCACUCCGCAAGAAUCAAAAUAUAGACUUGAUGCUGACGGAGGAUGACAACAAGAUGUCUUUGAUGGACAACGCUGCUCAAGAAGACGUCCUCUCGGAGGACAAGGGCAAUGCUCGCGCGGACGUGAAGAACUUCGACAACUCCAGCACGGCGCAGGAGACGUCCAGCCGGAGCGGUUCAGACGAGGUGGCCGAGACCUGUGCCGGCCAGUUGAGAGUGCGCAAAGACCUCGUGGAGUCCGACAGCAGUGUGUUAUCCGAUAAGCUGUACCCGGUGAAAUACGAGAAGCUGCAAGAUUGCCGCGUCUACGACGAGAACGUGUCGCUGGAGGAGUCGUUGGAGCGGUACAAUCAGAGCCAACGCAUCGCCGAGCUGAGCGAGGAGAACCUGAGGAAACUGGAGCGCGCCAACGCCCAAGCGGCGGCCGUCAAGAUGGAGCUAUCCGGCUGCUUCAACAACAACCACAAGAGGAGGAGGGGCUCAGCCAGUCCGUCCAACUUGGGAGCCCCAAGGAGCGCGAAGAGGCUGAGGAGCGGCUACGACACGGAGAGCGAAGCGCCUCCUAGCAGCGACGUGGCCAGCGAGGAUCAGGAGGUGAGGAAGCCGGUCGGCGCGGCGCACAGCCGAAAGAAGCAGUCGACGUGGAAGAAGGAAUACUUCCACAGCAGGUUCGCCGGCUACAACAGCAAGAAGGUUAUCUGCAACUGCAUGGAGCACGGCGCCGCGCUCAACAUGUACUCGCACGGCAAGCCCAUGCGGCACAGGAGGAUGUUGAAUCAGCUGCACUACAUGUGGAUGAACGACGCGCAGCGGAGGCAACCGCAGACUCUGACCCAGCCGCAGCUGCUGCAGCUGCAACAGCCGCAGCAGAAGAGCCAGAAGAAGGUGCCGUCGUGGAAUUACAAGAAAAUCCGGACGAACAUCUACUACGACGUCAAGCCGACCACUCUGUACGAGGCGCAGGCCUGCGAGUGCAAGCCGGAGAGCGGCUGCGGGGACGACUGCAUCAACCGCAUGGUGUUCAGCGAGUGCUCGCCGCAGCUCUGCCCUUGCGGUGAGAAGUGCAAGAACCAGAAGAUUCAGAAGCACGAAUGGUCUCCGGGGCUGCAGAGGUUCAUGACCAAGGAUAAGGGCUUGGGCGUGAGAACGCAGCUGGCCAUCAAGUCCGGCAACUUUAUCCUCGAAUACGUGGGUGAAGUUGUGUCGGAGCGGGAGUUCAAGUCGAGGAUGGCGACCAGAUACGCCAGUGACACGCAUCACUAUUGCCUGCACUUGGACGGCGGCCUGGUGAUCGACGGUCAUCGCAUGGGCGGCGACGGCAGGUUCGUGAAUCAUUCAUGCGAGCCGAAUUGCGAGAUGCAAAAAUGGAGUGUUCACGGGUUACCGCGCAUGGCGCUGUUCGCAUCGAGGGAUAUUAAACCGGGCGAGGAGCUGACGUACGACUAUAAUUUCGCACUGUUCAACCCGUCGGAAGGGCAGCAGUGUAGAUGCGGUAGCAGCGCCUGCAGAGGCGUCAUAGGUGGCAAGAGCCAGAGGGUGGCGCGCAGCAUCCCCGCGCUCCCGUCGCAGGCGGAAACGACCGAGAGGAAGUCGGUCGGCAGGCCGCGCAAGAAUGUCCGCAAGUCGAAUACGGUGCAGUCUGCGAACUCGAAAAGCAUUUGCAAGUCUCGCAAGAUGGGCGACACGACGCUGACGCACGCGCCGCAGCUGAGACCGAUGUCUUACCAGCAGCGGUGCUUCGCGCGGGAGCACCACUGCUUCCUGCUGCGCAACCUGGAGAAGGUGCGGCGGCUGAAGUCGUCGGUGCAGCAGGUGCACGUGCAGAAUGGCAAGACGAAAUUCGGCAACGCGAGCGCUGCGAAGGAGAAGGCCGCCGGCGAUUCGAAGGCGCAGUCUGACGCGUUCUUCUCGCAGCUGACCGCGCUGACGAACACGAAUGCGCGGACCGUGCGGACGCGCAGGCUCGCACAGGCCCAGGACGACCCGGAGGUACACAAGACUGCGAAAUUAGCUAAGGUAUUGAAAGAUUUAUACACAAUCGUCGCGACGGCGAAUGACGAGAACGGACAGCCGCUGUGCACGCCGUUCAUGACCCUGCCGCCUAAGAGAAAAUUGCCGGAUUACUAUGAGAAGAUCACGGAGCCCGUCGACUUGAGCACGAUAGACCAGUGCAUCGGCACCGGUCACUACAAGACUGCGGAGCACUUUGACCAAGACAUGAUAAAGUUGUUCGACAACAACGUGAGAUUCUUCGGCAGGACGUCCGAGAUCGGCAUCGCCGCAGCGAGGCUGCGGAAAUUGUAUCUUGGGAGCAAGCCCGACUUUGUGGACGCUAUCACGGAGGCAAUGGGUACUCCGCCGUCGCAGGGCUUUCUGCCACCUCGGGGCUCCACGGCUGGGGAGGAGGAUGUGAUCAGGUGUAUUUGCGGAUUGCACAGGGACGAAGGCUUGAUGAUCCAGUGCGAGCGUUGUCUCGUCUGGCAGCAUUGCGACUGCGUGAAGGCGGACACCAGCGUCGAGUCUUACCUCUGCGAGAGGUGUCAGCCGCGCGAGGUCGACCUAGAGAUCCCACUGGAGCUGGAGGUCCCGUCAGACUGCGACGACGAGGAGAAGGGCAAGAAGCAUUACGUGACGCUCUUGCGGGGCGACCUGCAGCUCCGGCAAGGCGACACGGUGUACGUUCUGAGAGACACACCCGAGAAGCACACGUACAAAACCAUACAAAAGCCCGACUACGAGCAGAUGGACAUCUUCAGAAUCGAACGUCUCUGGAAAAACGUCGCGGGUGAGAGGUUUGUGUUCGGGCAUCACUACCUGCGGCCUCACGAAACAUAUCACGAGCCGACGCGGAAGUUCUACGUCAACGAGGUCGUGUGCGCUCCGCUGUACGAGGCCGUACCUUGCGACCUCGUGGCCGAGCGCUGCUGGGUGCUCGACCCUCACACCUUCUGCAAAGGUCGCCCGGUCGGCUCUACUCCUGAGCACACCUACGUGUGCGAGUACCGUGUUGAUCGCGCGGCGCGGCUCUUCACGAAGGUGUCCCGAGCCAGGCACCAAGUAUGUACGAAACCGUACGCGUUCGAGACCUUCCCGCAGCGCAUAAAGCAUUAUCGCACCUACUUGCCUCACAGCCUGGACGGGAUCCAGCUCGGCAAAAAGUUCUUCUUGUCCAAGGACAAGAAGAAGAACAACAACAAUCAUGAGGUGGAGGGGAGUCAGAAGAUGGAGUCCGGUGACAGCGCAAAGGCGCAGGGCAAGGAGCAAAAGUGCGCCGGUAGCAGGACCAGGCGGAGAUCCGGCGGCGAUAUCCUGACGAUUGCCACGUCCACGACGUCGUAUCUUCAGGUACAACAAUCGCACAGGGAAGACCAGAAGAAACGACUAAAUAGCAUCCUCCUGCACCUGCUGCAGAAGAUGCCGAACAAGAAAGACCCGUUAGAUCUGUCGUUCCUCCUCGAGAGGAACAGACGAAACCGAAAAAGACCCGGCGGACUUAAUCCGUGACAGUGGGUGAUAUCACAACGAUAAUAUUGAUAUUGUACAUAGGCUAAACGAGUUGCUAACUAACUUCAAUCUCAGUCAGAAUAAUCUAGGCUCUCGGCUAAGCUAGGUGGUUGAUCCAUUUCGGUUCCGCUGUCGGCCAGGAUAAUUGUACAUUACUCCCCUUCCGAGGAAAGCACGAAAGAAGUGAGGGAAAUGCGUGUCUCCUCUUCUCGCGUACAGCCCGUCCAUUGAUAUAAUUUAUAUCGAUAUACCGUAGUCGCGAGGGUGAAAUAUUCGUUCAGAGUAGGCGAUUGUGUCUGGCGAUAUUUUUCUUACGAUCCAUCCUUUUCUUUUUUAUCCCCUUUCCUCUCAAGUAGACGAGGCUAGAUAUCGUGUAUCCACUCGGUUUGCUUCCGACCUUUUCGAGCAAAACGGAUUGAAACGUUUGUUGACUCGCGCGAUAAUCAAUCAGAGAUCAUGUUACGAGCGAAGUGGCGAAUAAUUAAUUAAUCGUUUCUCCCCGGAACGACAUGAGCUUCUACGUAUCGUAUAUAAUUACGAGUCGCGUGCUCUUGUAUAGAAUCAUUUGUAUAGCUUCUUUUCAUCAUAGUUAACAUGACUAAAAAUGUACAAAUUACAUGUUACAUGGGAUUAAGAUCGUCGGAAGGAUAAACGUUUUACCCAGUGCGAGUGUGUGUUGAAAGAGUCGAUAUAAAUAGCGCGCGUAUGUAUGUUGUGUAUGUGUGUGUGCGUGCGCGCGCGCGCGCGCGCGUGCGUGCGUGCGUGUGUGUGUGUGUGUGUACGAAUGUGCGCGCGCGAGUAAUUGACGCUUUAUUGCACAGAAGUAUAAUAUUAUAUUUUUCAUAACCCCGGUGUGUGUUAUUCAAAGCCAUCAAAGUGUAACAUAACUUCUUCCGGUUCGCGGGAGAAUCUUUACUAAUAUAUAUUUAAUUUAUUGGUAUAUAUUAUAUAUACACAUAUAUAUAUAUACAUAUAUAUAUUGAAUUAUGUAGUCGGAGUGCGACUGGACAGCCAUCGCGGUGAUUCCAAUGUUGUAUAUAUGUAUACCCGCAAGGCUCCAUAUUUAUUAUUGCAUUACACAGUAUGGUAGAUACAUAUUACGAU